AUGGCAGCGGUAGAAAUUUCGCAGGAGGACCUGGCGUCUUUUCACAACGCGCAUUUCGCUACCGUGGCCGUGAAUCAUUUCGCACAACAGUUUCUCGGCCCGGUGGAUGAAGAGUAUCAAGAGGAAGAUGAUGGCUUAGGAUACUACGAUGAUGGAGUAAAGCGUACUCUGACAGAUGAACAGAUUAGGAUCUUUAGACACUCUGAAAUCGAGAAAAUUCUACGUGAUCGGAGACACACCAAAGAAGCCAGAAACGAAGAUACGCCAGGGGUCACAACUGAGAGCGUCGAGGAAGCGGAGAUGGAAGAUGGAGAGCUCAACGAUAGCCCCGUUACGGAAACACCAACACCACCACACAAUAGUGAGGGAGCAGGCAAGAAGAAAAGCAGGAGGCAGAAGCAGAAGCACGCAAAAAGCCAGAAAAGCUUCUUCAAACAAAACAUUAAACCUGAUUUGAGGAAACGGACCUGGGAUAAGGUGGAAGACGGGCUUGGAGAUCUGCAAUACGAUGAUAUGGGUGCGAACGCGCCCUCGGCCCCAAGUCAAGCAUCGCAAAGACGGCGGAUUUCAUAUGACGAUGACUGA